AUGAACUGCGAGCUCAAAGAAGGCUUCUUAGAACAAGCACUACUAAUUCCUAAUAUUCCAUCCAAUGCUCGAUGGGCACAGAAUGGGGUGACCGUUGCUGGAAGUAAUGAAGAAGGCGGUGCUACCAAUCGACUCCGGUUGCCCGAUGGUCUCUUUGUUGAUGAUGAUCAAACGAUGAUCGUCGCUGACGAAAAUGUAACAUUAAUUAAAGAAAUAAAUGAUUUACGACGUGAAUUAAAAUCAGCUCGUGUUAAAUUACAAGAUUUACAAACAGCUAUGGGUAUAAGUCGUAAAACAGCAGCACGUACAACAGAAGAAAUUGUUCAAGCAUUAAAUACACAUCAAAAUAAUCAUUUAGUUAAAGAAAAACAAUCAGAAUUAGAAAAUUUAAUUCAACGUCAACGAACUGAAAUUCAACGACUUAAUGAACAAAUUGCAAAUAUUGAAUCUGGUACAGGUCGUACUGGUACAGCUGGUGGUGGUGGUGGUGGUGGUGGUCGAUCACGUCCAUCAUCUGGUCAAUUACCACCAAUUACAUCAGCAUUAACUGCUCAUUGA